GUAAGAACAUUUCUGUAACCAUGUCCCACUGAGCAGACCUUUUCUUCCUCGGAGUGCCUACAAACUGACCAAAGCGCACACGAUAUUGUUCUAUUCGAAAAAAAACUUCUACCAGCAGGAGAAAUUUGUGACAAUGGGCUUUCAUGUGAGGCUAGUGCAUUUCACUCUUGCAUUGGUUUUGUCCUCCACAUCAACUGCAAAUCGAACGACAACAGUUAUAGCCAAGCCUGGCUGCCUCAAUAGCUGCGGGAAUGUAAGCAUCCCAUACCCAUUUGGGACGACUAAAGACUGUUAUCUCAAUGAACAGUUCCUCAUCACCUGUAACAGCUCUUUCACCCCUCCAAAAGCAUUUUUAACUAACAGUACGAUAAAUGUUACAGAAAUCUCUCUCCUCCGGGGUCAGUUGCAAAUCUGGCACUUUAUAGCCCGUGAUCUUUAUCGUCAGCGUGAUCAUGUCCAAGUGUACAAUAACGAGCCUUGGCUUAGUCUGUCCAAAUUCAUCAUAUCUGAUACCAAUAAGUUCACAGCAGUUGGCUGUGACACUUAUGCCAUUGUUACAUUCGACCGACGAAAUGAGAAUUACAGUAUUACAGGUUGCAUGUCCAUAUGUAACAGCAUAGAUAAUGUUGAUAAUGGUUCUUGUUCCGGUGUUGGCUGUUGCCAGAUACGCAUCCCUAAAGGGGUAUGGUCCAUCACAAUGGAUUUAAGUAGCUAUUACAAUUAUACAAAGGUGUCAGACUUCAAUUCAGGCAGCUAUGCCUUUGUCAUCCAAGAAAAUGAGUUCAACUUCACCUCAAACUAUCUUCGCGAACUGCAGAAUGUACAUAAGCUUCCUCUGCUGGUUGAUUGGACCAUUGGAAAUGAGACUUGUGAGAUGGCUCAAAUGAACUUCACUAGUUAUGCCUGUAAAAACAAUUCGAAGUGUUACGAACCCAGUACUACUUCUGGGUAUCUCUGUCACUGCUUGGCUGGGUACGACGGUAACCCAUACCUCAUCAAUGGUUGUCAAGACAUUGAUGAAUGCCAAAAUCCAAGUCUCAAUAACUGUACAUUUGCAAAUCGCUGUAAUAAUACCAUAGGGAACUAUACAUGUACCUGCCCCAAGGGGUACCGUGGCAAUGGACGCAAAGAUGGAGAUGGUUGCGU